CUGCGACGCGGCGGUUGGCUUGGCAACGGCGGUGGUUGUCGACUUUAUCUACCUACAUGACCCAAUUACACGACAAAUCUGUGUCCAAACUGCGUUUAUUAUCCACAAAUAGGCAAAAUAGCCAUAGUCUGUGCCGAAUGUGAAGAUGAUCGAUUCCUCUCUAACUUCUCUGGGUGCAAAAGUUGUCGUCGCUACAUCCAGCGAUGAGAAUCACCCACCAGAAAACAUAAUUGACGGAAACACUACAACGUUUUGGAUGUCCACCGGGAUGUUUCCUCAAGAGUUCAUCAUUUGCUUUGCUGAACCCACGAUGAUUUCUGCAGUGACAGUGGACAGCUUCAAUGUCAAGCAUCUAAAGAUAGAAAAGAAUACUUCACAAAAUGCUUCUAACUUCGCGUUUGUUGGGGAGAAAGAACUUGAACAUACAGACGGACAUAUUCAGACCAAUGCUGUUUCACUAAAUGGAUCCAGUGCAACCCACCUUCGUUUUAUCAUCACCUCAGGAUAUGAUCACUUUGUCUCAGUGCACAGAGUCAGUGUACAGAAUUGACACAUUUGAAUAUUCCUAAUUAAAGCCCCAUGAUGUAUUUUUUGUAUAUACUAUAUGGCAUCAUUAUGUGCUCAGUCUGUUUUGAUAAG